CGUGUUUCAUAGAACUACUUUUAAACACUUUAGUAUCUAUCAUUCAUAGUAAAUCUGAUUGUUAUGCUUCACGUAAAAUUAAAUUAAAAACAUAAAAGGUGGUCUACCUUCCACAUACUUUUUGUACUUAGCUGACAUGUUCGAUUCUUAAUGUGAAAUGAAAAACGUAAACUCGAAUAAUCGGGAACAUUUAUAAGUAUUUAUAUUACUAUUUUUUAAGGGAUCGAACUACCCUUUCUUGAAUAUCCAGGUUUGCUAAUUAGAUUAUUAAAAAUAAUGCCAUCCGGUUUUCUUGAACGUAUGGUUGGCACAAAAAUAUUGGAAGAUUCAAAAGUGCUUACAACAAGAAAUAUGAAAAUUUUUACUCUCCAUAAGAUUAUUUGAAUAAAUAAUGUUUUCCUUUUAUUUCCCCAAAUAUCAUUAAAACGUCAACAAUUAGAUAGUUUCUAGAUCAUUUAAAUGUCACUGAGCGAAGGUUGUUUAUUAACAAAUGUUACAUACUGGUUGAUAAGUACGAACGCGUCCUGAAUAUUGUAAACAAAUCAACAUCAAGGAUGGUGCAUGAUAAAAAAGAAACGAAAUAAUUUGAUAUUUCAAUAUUUCGUCGAUAAAAAAGAAACGAAAUAAUAUUCAUAUAUUUUGGGGUUAAAUUGAUGUGUUGUAUUUUCUUUCGGAUUUCAAUGUUGUGUUCUUCGUUCUAUAUUUCUGUCAACAUUCUUUACUUUCGUAAAUGUUGUGUCUUGUUUCAGUAAUAACCAUAAUCUAUUUCUUCUUUCACAGCGUUAAUAAUCCAUUUUUACUUGUUGUUCCCCACACAUUAUCCCAAUUUGGAUUCUCAGAAAUAUUUAUAAAACAAAAAAAGAAAAUCUUAAUAAAAUUUUCAUAAUUCAGUUAUAGGAUUAUCUUAGUAUACAAACCUUUCUGUAUCAAAUAGGUGGAUUAUUCAAAAUGUUAAAAGGGGGAAACACAAUUCCUACAACAGUCACCCCUUAUCGAAUUGUUUGUAAACUUACAUAUCUUCAAGUACAACACAAAUCGCUUGCAACUCACGCAUCUCAGAGCAUUGCAUCACAAGGCCCGAAUCACCAAUAGUGCCAUUGUAGCUAACACUUGAAUUUUGAACGUGGAACAUAACUGAUCUAUCACAAUGUUCGUAGACACAGUGAUUUUAAUGACAGUUCUUACUUUUGCGGCUUCAGAAGAAACCAUUCCAGGUAUUCAUAGGGAAAUGAGUGAACAAGUAGAGAGUAAAGGAUACAAAAUUGUAUAUGGCGACGAAGAUUUGACAGUACUUAACGAAGUAGUCAGUGACUUAGAGAAAAAUAAUCCUCUACAAGAGAAGAUGAAUCUACAUGAGGCUAUUAGGCCUUUGCCUGCAGAAGACGUUAAAUGUUUAAUGUCUGUUGAUCGUUAUUGCUCAAGUGAGAUGCGUCAAGUUAAGGGAGUUUUAAUUCAAGCUCUGAAAGAUGACUGCGUUAAAUGUUCAAAUGAUGAAAAGGAGAAUGCCGGUAAAGUAGCUGCUUCUAUGAUGGCUCAUGAUCCUGUCGCAUGGAAACUCUUUCUGACUAGGUACAACGGCUUAUCACGAGUUCAGAAGAUAUUAGGAUAGACCCUAAUGGCAGAAGAAGAAAGAGAUUUUGUAUUUAGAAAUAUUCCCAUGAUUAUAAUAAUUUUGGGUAGAUUUUUAAAUUAAAACGUUUAUAUAGUUGUAACCACGUAUUAUCGAAUUGCCUGUUGUAGGUGCACAUUACACAAUAGGCCACAAAAGGAACCUUUAAAGACAGAAAAUCCAAAACUGAAACUAGUAGGAGAACCAGAAAUUGUAAGUUCUAAAUAUCAAUACGGUAUGUCCGGAAUCAAAGUUAGAGUAAAAAGAUAUGCCGCCGAAAAAAUACCUUAAAAUUUAAGUAGUUUUAUGAUAUAUUUAUAGUAUGUUUAAGUUAAUAAUAAAAAAUAUUAUACUCUUAUCUGGUUUUAUUUGUGGAAUUAUUUUAUUCUGAAAUAGUUACUGGAUAAAUGAAACAAUGUCUUAUGAAAUUUAAACGUCGAUAUCAUUUUGAUCAAGUACAUUCUCAUCAGUUUUUUUAUUUGCUUCUGCAGUUUUUAUACGGGAUUCCUUUUGUUUCCUUGCCAGAUAUUUCUUUUUAUAACUUCCAUCGGAGUUAUACCUGUAAAACACAUAGUCAAAUAAACUAAACGUAAGCACACUUUCCUGUGUUCUGAUGGAAUUUAGAAGUAAAAUACCC